AAUUAUGAAUCGUGAAUGUAAAGGCAAUGAUAAUAAAUUGAGAAAUGUUUUGUGUAGGGCGCGCAGAAAAUAUCAUUGCCGUAUUCGGCGAACAAAACCAUGACUAUCAGACAAAUUCUCAGCAAUUUCUUCAGUCUGGAGAAACUCGACAAGGCGCCGCGAGAAGUCUUCACGCCCGAGCUGCAAAAGGAUCUAUUACUGCUGGAGGAACAGGAAGGCUCGGUGAACUUCAAGUUUGGCGUAAUCUACGCGAGGGAGGGACAGACCACCGACGACGAGAUGUUGUCUAACGAGAGAGGUAGCCCGGGCUUCGAGAGCUUCCCGGAGAUCCUAGGUGAGAGGAUACGGCUCAAAGGUUGGGACAAAUAUAGGGGCGGCUUGGAUGUGAAAGGUACGCUGAUGACACGGAAUAUUGGCAAUGCAAACUCGCAAACUCGAGAUCUGCAAUCAGAAAAGGCCUGCAAUCGUCAUUCGCCUCUUCAGAUUUGUUACACUGGCGGGAUUUGA